AUUUGUUUUCACUAAGUCUGAGGUUGAGAAUUAUAAUAUCAUUUGCAAAUUGGCUUCAUCUCAGUUCCAAUGUGAGGAUGCUGUUAAUAUGUUUGGAGUAAGAUGCACAUUUUGGUCUCUUGGUGAUUCAUUGAAGCCCGGAGGUUUGGUCAAGUCAUUUGUUGUUUCUGCUUUCUGCUUCAGUUUGUUUCACAAGCCCAAUGGUCAUCCUGACAUAUCAAAGAGGCAUUACUUCUUCUCAAACAUUGCUGAUAACUUGUUAAAGGACUAUAAUGAAGCAGAUCAACAAAUCUUGUCUCGUGCCUUUACUAAAUCUUCCAAAGCUAGACCUCUUCAUCACUCAAACAUGUUGUUCUUUCCAACAUGCUUUCAAGACCAUUGGUUUGUAUUCAUAGUCGAUAUAAAGGACAGAAAGUAUGUAAUUCUUGAUUCAUUCAACAAGCAAAAUGAUGAAUUCCAAGAAAUUGUUCGUGACAGAUUGGUUAGUAUUCUUUGUUGCUAUUAUCUUUUUUAUUUUUCUCUCGAUAUCACUUAUGAUUUUCACAUAUACCUUUUAAUGAUAUUUCUUUCUUUCUUUACAAAGAGAUCCUCCUUUGAGCAUCAUUGGGACAAGUACAUGCAAGUUAACAUGUGUUUUGAUGAAUAUGAAUUUGUAUACCCUGUUGUCCCCGAACAACCUCUUGAUAACAAAUAUGUAUACUGA